AGCGGGAAUGACCCCAGCGUGGGGCCCAGCGCAAGGGAUGCUCGCAGCCACGCAGGGUCCGCCCCUGCACGCGGGUCGUGGCGCAGAGCCGCACUGCAGGCAGGGCUGGAUGCGGCCUCGGCGAUGCUCCAGGUAAGGUGCAGCAUCCUCCGGCCUUGCUCCGCAGCGGGAUGGUGGGGGCUCAGCUCCAGUGCCUCUCCCCCAGCACCGUGGGGCACCCUGGGGGCCGGCCAGGGGCUGCCUUUGCCCUCCUGCUGCUGCUCGGCCUCCCGGUGCUCGUCUUGGCAGGGCUGGGAGAGCGGGGCCCCUCCAUUGAUGGGCGGCUGCUGGCGGGGUGCACACUGCGGGAAGGCGAGAGCCACACCUUCACCUGCCGGGCUCCCCCGGCGGCCUCUGGCACUGCGCUGCGCUGGCACCUGGAUGGGCAGCGGCGGGAGGCCAACUGCUCAGCUGUGGGCAGCACCAGCACCCUCACCCUCAUCGCCCAGCGCUCUGACCGCCAGCUCAACUGCUCCCUGAUGGAUCCGGCCUCUGGGGAGACCCUCAACGCCUCCGUCCUCCUUGACGUGCAGUAUAAGCCGGAGAUCCUGCAGGCAGACGCCCGCUACCAGGAGGUCGAGGGCGCCGGGCUCCUCCUGCUGCUCUCCGUGCUGGUGCGAGCCAACCCGCCUGCCAGCAUUGCUUGGGUGGACCAGGACGGGCACGUGAUGGCCAACACUUCCGAGUUCGUCUUCCUGGAUGCCACACGCUACCCGGGGCUGGCCAACCACUCGCUCCGCGUCCACCUUGGCAGCACAGCCGGCAACAUCUCUGUCAGCGCUGCCAACAGCGUGGGCGUCACCACUGCCUCCCUCCUGCCCGCGGGUCUGCUGCAAGCCCGCGUGGAGCUGCCCCUCCUGGGUGUUGCCGUCGGGGCAGCCCUGGCCCUGAGUGCUGUGUUCGGCCUGGGCUCCUGCGUUGCUGGCCUGGCAUGCCACCAGGCCAAGCCAGUGCCAGGCCAGGAGCCACCAGGAGGGAGCUGCUCCCUCUCCGGCAGCUCUGAGCGGCCCCAAGGAGCGCAUCUGCCCCGCCAGACCCGCUCCCUCCCGCCCGACCUACGUCUCAGCGACCUCGCAGGUGAGCCCCGAGCUGCUGGUGCAGAGGGACACGCUGGCCACAGAUGUCUUGGCUCGCUCUCCCUUUUCUUUCCCUGCAGCUUCUCCCAGGGACGCAGGAACCAGUGCCGGGGGAGAGGACAGUAUUCUGCUGGGGCUGGAGAACUCCUUGGCCUUCAGCAAGCUCGGUUUUGUCCAGCUCCCGUUAUCUGGGCGCAUCUACAAGGUGCCGAGUGUGAGCAGUGAGGAAAUCUGGCUGUGAGCGGCCAAGGCUGCCAGGCCCCAGGUAUGUACCAGCCUGCGCAGUGGCACAGCCGUGGGUGCCGGGAGGCCAUGCUGGGUACAGCUGUGUGUUAUGCUGCACCCUGCGGCUCACAGUGGCCGUGCCGAUACCACAGUGUGUUUUUAUCUGACCUGUCCACUUUACAAAUGGGCUCUUAUAACCAGAAAUGCACCAAAGCUCUUUGCAGCCAGGCUCCGCCACACGGCCAGCGCUGCGGCUCGCCCCAGCAUGAGCCAUGCUUUAGCAGGGUCUUGUCCAGCUUUGCCGUGUGAUCCACCAGCCCCAGCUGUGGCGGCCAGGUGGGCAGCACCGCAGGGGCUGGAGAAUGCCAUUCGAACAGCAAUAAACCCAACUCAUAUGUCUGUGUGGUGCCACGCUGGUUAUUCCUCCCU